AGUGACGCUCCCGGAAGCGCCGUGCGGACCUCGCGAGGCGCGGGGCAGCGCAGCCACGGCUCCAGUCGGCCGGACCGCAGGGCCCGGUGUGGCCGCCCAUGAGUCGGGGAACCAUGCCUCAGCCCGGAGCGUGGCCCGGGGCGAGCUGCGCGGAGACGCCGGCCCGCGAGGCGGGGGCCGCGGCGCGGGAGGGCGGGAAGGUGACGAUCGGCGCGCAGCCCCGGGCCGCGAUGCGGUGCCCGGUCGAGCACGAGGAGGACAUGUACCGUGCUGCAGAUGAAAUAGAAAAGGAGAAAGAAUUGCUAAUACAUGAAAGAGGGAAAUCAGCAGAACCCAGGUUAAGUGUGGCUCCUGAAAUGGAUAUCAUGGACUACUGCAAGAAAGAAUGGAGGGGAAAUACUCAGAAAGCCACGUGCAUGAAAAAGGGCUACGAGGAAGUUUCUCAGAAGUUCACAUCUAUAAGGCGAGUUCGUGGUGAUAAUUACUGUGCGCUGAGGGCCACGCUGUUCCAGGCCAUGAGCCAGCUCACAGAACUGCCCCUCUGGCUGCAGAACCCGGACCUCAUGCUGUUACCAGAAAAGCUGAUAAACAAGUAUAGCUGGAUCAAGCAAUGGAAACUUGGACUGAAGUUUGAUGGGAAGAAUGAGGACCUGGUUGAAAAAAUUAAGGAGUCCCUUGCCCUGCUGAGGACGAAGUGGGCACGCCUGGCAGAAAUGAAGACUGCUGAAGCACGGCAGGUAGCUUGUGAUGAACUGUUCACAAAUGAAGACGAGGAGUACAGCCUCUAUGAAGCUGUGAAAUUCCUAAUGCUAAACAGAGCCAUCGAACUCUAUGAUGAUAAAGAGAAGGGAAAGGAAGUCCCGUUUUUUUCUGUGCUCUUAUUUGCUCGAGACACAUCAAGUGACCCUGGACAGCUACUGAGGAACCAUCUGAACCAGGUGGGACACACUGGUGGCCUUGAACAGGUUGAAAUGUUCCUCCUUGCAUAUGCUGUUCGCCACACCAUCCAGGUGUACCGGUUGUCCAAGUAUAACACCGAGGAGUUCAUCACAGUCUACCCCACUGACCCCCCCAAGGACUGGCCAGUGGUGACCCUCAUAGCUGAGGAUGAUCGGCACUAUAACAUCCCUGUCAGAGUGUGUGAGGAGACGAGUCUGUGAGAGACACCCAUGUGGACAGCUGUGAGAGGCAGCACAGGUGCACACGCAGCUCCUUCUCUGGGCCUCGGGGCUGCAGCUCUCCAGGGACAAUCCGGGAGAACCAACGGGAACUGUGAUGCUCUGAAGACUGUUGAUAACAAGAAGUAGCCAAGUCAUUGUUCUAUCUGUUACACAGUGUGUCUCACUGGGGGCUUCAGCAUGUGCCUUUGGGAGGUACAAACAACUUCUCAGUACAGCAGAUGUUUUUGUGUGAGAGGAAAUUGUUUGAAAAGAAACAUGUCCAAUGAAAGUUCUAAUGGUAAACUGGUGUUACUUUUUAAGACAGUAGUUUUGUUUUUGACUUUUAUUCUUUUGGAGUUGGUGGUGAUGGGUCCCAUUAGUGGUCUUCCUAUGAGAUAUGCUUUUAAGUGGUAAUAUCCUGGCGUGGAUAGUUACAGUAUCUUUUGUUAGCUUCACCUGCUUUUGGAGGGAUGACCAGUGAAUUUAUAUUUAUAUCCCAGUUAAUACUAUUUUAAAUAGAUUGUCUCUCAGAGGAUUAAGAAUUGGGUCCCAGAGUAGAUUUUUUUUGAAGCCUGGAAAAGAUACAGGAGAGCACAGGGAGGAGUCUAGACACUGAUUUCUGAGGCUUGGUGCCCUGGCAUUGAGAGAUCCUGUUGGCACAUGUGCCCUAGUGUUGGGGUUGUGGAUUACGAUAAGUUCCAAUGGUCACGAUUCUACCCUCAGAACCAAGUUUAUAUCCACCUGUUUAUAGAAAUGGAAAUGAAAACUGUCUCUGAAGUUGACGUGUUCUCCUUUGCCCCUUUCAUGCUCUUGAAGAUCUCACGAACUGCCAAACCCAUAUGUGACAGGAUGAGAGACAGCCAACUAUCCAGGAUGUCUGAUAGGCAAGUAAAGCCAGAAGCAUGUGGUAAGCAAUGCAAAAGUGCAUAGCUGCUUGGGCAGCUAGAAGGAGGCAACCGUGCUAGCUAUGAUAGGUCUCUGUGCAUGGCACAAGCCAUGGCCCUGACUUGGAGACCUGCUAAGCAUGGGGUACCUUGGGUCCUUUGUUUCCCUUGAGGGCCAUAGCCCAUGGUCUUUGUUCAUGGCGACCAGACACAUCCCUCUUUUAGGAUUCCAUUUGUAGCACCCCAGUCGGUUCAGCAUUUGUUGGUGCUGUUAUCUUGAUGAGUUGAAUUUAUUUUUUCAUAGUUAAAACCUUUAAUUUAAUCCAAUUCAUACAGAUGAUGAGCACCUUGUUUUGGGAGGUAGGAUAACCCUUUAAAAUAUAAAUUGUCAUUUAAUUAAAAAUUAAGUCUUAAAAAAUAUUGUCUUAGGUAGGAAAACUCAGGAUAUACAAAUCAUUCAGUAGUAUUUCUUCUGUUCCCUCAUGAGUAAAAUCACAACCUUUGGUUAACUGUUCAGUGCUGUGCUGUGUGUAACUAUGGUAGAGAGUCUGUGUUUUCACUGUGAAAUGCUAUGGUACCCUUGAGAGAGGAGGUACCUAGCAUCCAAGUUAAAGUAAUAAUAACGGCUUACUGUUGACUUUGACACUUUAUUUUGUUUGUAAUUAAAUAGUAGGAAAUGCCUGCCAUUCGUGUUUGAAGAGUUUUGAAACCAGAACUUGAAAUGCUUAGAUAAUUCCUAGUAGGAGUCAUUUGUGCUGUUUGGGGACCUCGAAACUGUCCAUGGGGCUUAGUCACUACUGAAUUUUAGCAGUGCUCUUGGUAAUACUCAUGCUUACCUGCAUUUUAAAGACAAGCUAAUCUUAGUGAGCUUGAACUGGACUUCUGGGAAACCUCUUUAUAUUUGAUACUUCCUUCUUGUUUGUGAUAUUGUUAGGUACAGUUCCCUAUAUUAUGUCCUUCUUGUUUGUGAUAUUGUUAGGUACAAUUUCCCUAUAUUAUGUCCCAUGGAGUUAAUGUCGCCUUUUCAGAAUGUUCUCAGAUUUUCUUGCUCACCUGUGUUGGUUGUGGAUGUGCAACACCUGUUGGUUGAGUCAUGCAUGUGGUCAUGGUGGCAGCAUUAGUGCCUCUAGUGAGUUGGAUAAGAGCUAGUUGCAUUUCCUCCUGUAUGCAUAAGGAAAUAUUCUCAUUGCAUAGAGAGGAGGAUUCAUCCUGUUUUCCUGUCUAGCUGCCAACUCUUUGAUUAUACUACAGAAUAUUCAGUCGUGUCUGAUGAGCUUUUUCUUGAAGAAAAAUGGCAUUGCAUGUCCUCUUGUGUAUUUUUUUUCCUUCCAAUUUUAGGACUUACUAAGGAAAAUUGCAUACCAUAUGAAUUGAUAAAACUUCUGUUGGAAGAACAUCCAUGUUUUUUUGUUUUGUUAAUUUAUUUGGUUGAUUUUGACUUUCUGAGACAUAAUCAUUCUCAGGUUUUCAACUCCUGAGAGCUAUGAAUGUAGGCAUUGCCACCAUAGUAGUACAUUUGUGAGGUCUUAUGUGUUGAAGCUUUUUUCUUUUGGUUUCCUAAGUGGCUCUGUGCUGUUCUUCCCGUCCCCUCCUUUUCCACCCACAUGUGCUCUUUACCUAAGAAACAGUGGUCUUGUUUUUGUGAAGGUCUUGUAGAUGUUUUUUGAGGUGAUGUAUUACCCACGAUGAACCUCUGAUGGUGACUGUAUGAGCAGGGCUGACAUACACUUCCUGCCGUGUCUUCCUUUGAUAUAAAAAUUUAGUUUGAUCAGUUUAUCUUUUUUUUCUUAGCAUUACUUUGCAGGUGUUCCCUGCUGAAAGCUGGAGCGUAUUUUUGGGAGCGUAAAUCAUUGAGGACUCUUGCUUGUCAGUAUACAUAAAACAGACAGCUUUGCGUUAAGCUCUGAUGUUCCUUAAAAAAGGAAGAACCGCACUAGAAGUAGAAAGCCUUCAGUUGUGCUUUUCAUCUGAGAGAAACGCCAGAGCCCAGUUUGGCAAAGGUGGAGGGCAGUGUCCAUUUACAGUUUUAGGAAGGUCUGAGGAACUAAGAGGAGGGGAGCUGAAGGACGAACUGGCUUCAGAAUGCACUUUAAAAUGAUGCAGGUCUUAGUUUCAAAAAGACCUGUUGCUCUAAUAAAAAGCUCUGACAAAGGCAACUUAAGGAAACAAGGUUUUAUUUUAGCUCACUGUUCAAGGGUCCAUGACAGGGAAGUCAGGUGGCAGGACCUUGAAAUAGCUAGUCACAUGACGUGCCCAGGCAGGAACCCAAAGCAGUGAAUGCAUGCUGCUGCCCAGUUCCUUUCUGCAUUUAUGCAGUCCACGGUGCCAGCCAGGGCAUGGUGUCACCAAGGUGAAUGGAUGCUCUCACCUCAGUGAAGGUGGUCGUGGUCAUCUGCAGGCAUGCCCAAAAGGCUCAUCACCCAUGGAAGUCUAGAUUCUGUUAAGUUGGCAAUUAACACUAACUGCCACACUGUAUAAAAACAAAAGCAGUAGAUGCCCAACAGACUAUGCUUAAAUUAUAAGAGAAUAAAACUCUGAAUGAAUUUGAAGAGUUAAUGAAUAAAUAUAUUCUAUUGACUCCUCCCCAAAUUUUAGUCCUUUCUUUUAAGAUCAUCUCUUCAGAGGAUAGGUGAUCUGGUGCUUAGCCAUGCAGCCCUUGAAUAAAGGUGCGAGUGAAGACAUUCAUGCCAUGGAUAGCACCAGGGUCAACUGCUUCUGUACCCUCGGCUGCUUUCCCCAGGUCAGUACAAGAAAGGGAUACGGAGCACAGCACGCAGAUAGCCUCGGUCAUCAUUCUCCAGUAACCAGUGCUUCAGUCUUAAUUUUAAACCUCAAAAUACAUUUGUGAUUAAUUUUAGUUUUCAUUUAUCUAUUGGAAAUUGCCUUGAUCUACAACAACAUAAAUGGUGCUAAAAAUAUGGUAGCCCUUACGAGAACGCAGCAGCCACUGUAGUGCUGUGACUUCAGAGAGUAGCCCAGAUGAACAUGAGUAAUGAAUGCCCUUUCAUUUUCAUUCUGUCUGUGAAAGGACUCUGGCUUUGUUACCUGUAUUGUAGCAGCUCGAGGAGGUUGGCAGCCCACUCAGAGAUUCUGCCUGUGGGGAGGGCAUGGUUUUCUCUGGGGAUCAUCACGAGAUGCACUUAUGAAACUUGCUGUGCUCUUGUCACCUUGAUUAGCAAAGUCUGCUCUGUGCACUCUGGCAUGGCAAUGCUGGUCAGUCGUCCACUGCCCUAAAAGCCAUACUCCUAAGCUGUGGACUGAUCUCAGGUGCCUGGCCCAUGGGGUAGAAGUUUCCUGUCAUUGGUAAUGUCUCUUGUCUUCACUGUUCAAGAUUGGGCUUCCUCUCGGUCUUUGCUUUUGAUUCCUUUAAUACACUCAGAUGCCAAGGAUUGUGAAAACAACUCAAAAUAAACUUAGUAAACUCUGAA